AUGUGUCGGGUAGAGAGAGAGGAAAGAUCUUGCAUUAUUGACUUAAGUAGUGAAUACUCGAUAAUAAAAGAGAGUGUUGCUCGACACUUUAAUUUGCCUCUUAAGGAAACAAAGAAGGUCCUUUCCGCCUUUAAUCAUGCCGUAGUUGUCCCUCUCGGUUAUUCCAGAAUGAAAAUACAUGUCGACAAUAUACCGUUUAAGGUAAAGGUCUAUAUUGUGUCUGACAAUGAACUCUCAACCGAAAUUUUGGUUGGGCGUGAUUUGCUAUCAAAAACGGGAACGCUCGCGAUAACGGACGCUGAAGGGGUCACUUUUACCUUAAAGAAAAACGUGUCUGUCGAUGAAAAAUUAGAUGUUAAUCUGGUAAAUUCGGAUUUGCCAAGGAUUAUACAUGAAGCAGAUGUUAUCUGCGAGGGAAUAAAUUUGUCUGAAAGAAAUCGUCUAAUAAAUUUACUAAAUAAAUAUCGGAAAACUAUAACCCUCGAAAUGAAGGAGUUAGGUCGGACUGCCGCCGGGGAGAUGAAAAUCGAGUUAACCUCAGACGAGCCGAUUUACCGUAAACCAUAUCGAAUGGCUAACGAUAAACGCUAA